CUCCAAACCUGCUCCAAACCACACGCGCUUUCUCGAAAGCUCUGUUCUCACCUGUCUCCUUUCUUCUUCCAGAGAGGACACACAGCAACAUACCCUACACCCACAGAGAGAAAAAGCCUACGUGAUCGACAGGGCACGAGAGAGAGAGGUUGCACUUGAAACCGACCAAACCAAAGACGCCUUCCGAACGGGUGGCAGCGGGCGGCUAGCUGCAAGAAGUCAACAACUCUUUGGCGACCCGAUUUGUUCUCAACGGCAGCAGCAGGCAGGAUGGACCCGGCGAGAGGGAGUAACGGCAUCCCGCCGGAUCCCGCUGCUGCCGCCGCUGGCGCGACUCCCUCCCCAAGGGGCACGAGCAGGCCCAUCACUCCCGCGUCCGAGCAGCGGACGGGUCCGCACUGGUGGAAGAGCCAAGUCCCGCCGCCACCGCCGCCACAAGACGGGGACAACUCCCUGAACGACGGCAGCACAGCCGCGACAAACGGAGUGGAGGAAGCAGGGGAGGAGAGGCGGUUCUGGAGAGCGGCCUAUAGCCCGGGCGAGUUCGCGUCGGUUCGCCGGGCGAGCGAGAGGGUCACGCUCAACCUCAGCGGCACCUCUUUCAUGACGACUCGCGACACCCUGGCGAGAAACCCGCACACGUACUUCGCUGCCAUGCUGAGGAUGCAGCCCCCUACGACGCCGGGCAGCACAUCCGUCCGGAGCGGGAGCACGAGCAGCGCUAGCGCGGCGGCGGAGGAAGAAAGCAGCGGCAGCGGCGGCACCAUGAACGGCGGCACGCCCGCGGCCGCGGGAGGAGGGGGUGGAGGGUCGUCGUCCUCUACUUCGGACGGCGUCGAGUUCUUCAUCGACCGCGAUCCCACGCACUUCCGGCACAUCUUGAACUAUCUGAGAGACAGCUACAUCGGGCUGGAGUCCUUCGGCAAGGAGGAUCUGCAUUUCUUGGAGGAGCUAUCCCACGAGGCACAGUUUUUCAACAUUGCCGGCCUUUGCUCGGACAUAUCUCGCAGGAUGUCGGACAUCGUACGGCAGCACAGGGAAGGGCCAUCGGGAGACAAGGACUUCAGGCUGGUGCAGUGCUCUACGGGCCAAAUACAGGACCUUUUCCACGAGUGGGUGAUCGAGAAGAACUACGAGUUCGAGUGCAUGCAGAUCGUGGGGGAUACGGCGUACAUCGUGCUCGGCCGUCGAGUGAGUCGGGGAGAGCUCGCGCUGGUGGAGCGCUUAAUGAAGACGUGAUGAUGGUGGACGGGCGGGGGGGCUCUCAACCAAAGCCUUGAAGGGGGGGCGGGGGCGGGUGAGGGUAGACCGGGCCUACGGAGAUGUGUGCAUGGCUCGGCCGUGACACGGCACUGGUCGGCUAGAAGUAAAGUUUUGCCCAAGUCCCUGGGUAAGCGACGUUUUUUUUCACCCUCCGCGUUUUCAGCGGACGCACAGCGAAGAGUGUAUUGCCGCGAUGUAGAUACAAAAGUACUUGCGCAUCCAGCUAGAAAAUGACGUCGAGGCGUGCGUAAGCCUGGUACUGCUUGUUUUCAUCCUGCUUUUGUGCCAAGAAUGGGGGUGGGGGUGGGGGGGCAGGAAACAGUAAUAUCGGGUCCUACUAUAGAGGGGUCGGACGCCACGGAAAAUAUGUUUUUUUUUUAUGUUGUUGAUUGAACCAUGUCAUCGUCUGCCCUCCCCCUGACCUGGCGGGCAAGGGGCGACGGAAAGGUUUUCGGGCGGGGGCGUAACAACAUUAUACAUGUACGCGAGUAAAAGGAGAUGCAAUUUUCGGCGCGGCGGCAGAAACCGCACAAGCACCCGCUCGAUUUGAUUGGCUUGCUCUCUCUCUGUUUUGUUUUUGAGCCUUCGCUGUUACCGACGGGAAGGAAGGAAGGAAAAACAUGGGUCAACGUUUACCAAAUGCUUACAUUUUUUUUACACGCCGCAUUGACUCGGGCACAGCAGUGUUGGCGUCAAGAAAAUAUCAUUGGGCUGCGGGCGGUGGGUGGGCGCGUAGAUUAUACACGUUGUGUGAAUCUCGCUUCGCAUGCUGUGUUGUUUUUUUGUCGCGGGGUGUCAAGAGUACCAUGGUAGUGUAGCAGUAGUAGGAGAAUGUCUAUAUUCUGUCGGAGUUAUCGUGUACCAUAGUGGGGUGGAUAGGUGAAGCUUGUGUUGUGGGUGACGUUCUGUGUGACUGUAUUGUGUGUUGCACGUUUCAAGUCACAAGCCAUUCUUUUGGUCUUUCUCAUAAUUUCUCGCUUCUUGUUGGUUGUGUCCGUCAUGACGCACACGCAUUACAAUUGUAGUCACCCUGCGGUGACCUCUGCUCCUUCGCGAUGGGAGCAAUUCCCAAGCUCAAAGCAUACUCACGCUUAUAUCGUUGCGCCACGCAGAAGCUG